AUGGUUGGAGUGGCCAAGUGGAGCGCCCCCCUGUUGGGCGUCCUACUGAUGAAGGCACUGACCCGCCCCCAGUGCUCACCCCCUGGGAGGAACCUCUCCGAGCUGUCGCUCUACCUGGGGAGCCACCACUCCGGUGGGCACCACCACAGCGACAAUGAGAUACGCGAACCCGAUUACCACUACCAAAGAGAGAAAAAUUACAACCCAGCAAGUGCCUAUGAGAGGAGAGAUGCGUCGGAAGACCGUCUCUACAGAAGAGCAGGGAACGAGUUAGCCCCUGUUCCUAAGAACCACCUUGGCAACAGGUGCAAAGUAAGCCACGCGCAUCGAUUAGAUGUGUAUGGCCACGCAAACAAGGUGAAACUGCCAGACGAAAAUGACCUUUCAACUUACCAAGAAAAUCAACACAUGCUAAGAAAGUUCAGCAGCGAUGGUAGACUGCCAUUCGGAUGCACCCACUGGGAUCUUUCCCAAAUUCUGACCAACAAACAAAUUUUAAAAAAAGUAACCUACAUAGCAUUUGAUAUAAGUCUACGCAAGGCCUUCAUCGGCUACUACUAUUUCUUAAUUUUCCUAAACAGGUGCUACUACAGUAUGGUAAAUAAGAUGAGCACGUGGUUUAUGAAUGUGGCAAAUUCGCGUAACAUACCUGACCACGUUCGGGUGGCGUACUGGGCGGAGUGUAGGAGGAACCUCAUAAGGGACCUGGAAGUUCUGGAAGAGAUGAGCAAAAAUUAUUUUGAUACAUUCAUAAGGGGGAACUCGAGGGUGUGGAUUGUCAAUUAUGAAAUGUGCUUGGAGCGCUGCAGGAAGCUGUGGAAAAAGGCCAUAGUGAAUAACAGGGUGAAGUGGAGCCGCACGCUGUCCAUGUGGAUUGUGAAGUACGACCAGGGGGGGCGCGGCGGAGGUAGCGGCGGAGGCGGCCACGACAAACACAAACACAAACACAAGCACGGCCACCACAGGCACGAAAACCACCACCACAGCCACGUCCAUCACAGCCACGACCACCACAGCCAUGGCCGCGACAACCACGGUCACGAAAACCACCACCACAGCCAUGACCAUCACAGCCACAGUCACGACCAUCACACCCACAGUCAUGACAACCACGUCCACCACACCCACAGCGGCAACCAACAGGACAACCGCCAGGACAACCGCCAGGACAACCGCCAGGACAACCGCCAGGACAACCGCCAGGACAACGACGACCACAGUGACGAUCUGAUCAUUUGGUAA